UCCUUUUCGACGUCGUGUUCAUCAAUUAUGGGAAUUGGUUUCCGCGUAGCGUGCUCUCGCCAUGGGAUCACGGGACCCUGCCGGAGAGGAAGAUGAACGAAGGCGAAACCGAGAUAUAUAAUGUUUCCGAUUGUCUUUAGCUUCGAUGAGCUCCGGCGUUAAAUGCUGUUUUUGUGCUUGAGGAAGGUGGUGGUAGGUAGGUGCUUAGCAUUAAACAGAGGGGUCGCCUAAGAAUUCUUUUCCAUCAUGGGAUGUCUCCGAAUUUGUCUAGAUUUGCUAUAAAGAAAAGAUUUUGCAUUUGAUGCUGGUCUCAUCUGCAUGAUGUUGCUGAUAAUGUGGUCCAAGGUCGUGUCGUUGGUUUUUUAUGCGGUUCAUUCCCCUUGACAUCAUCUUCCGCAGAUCAUUUUCUUGAGUCCCCAAGUCUAGCUGGUGACCAAAGAUCUUUUUCAAUUCUGCAAAAUAUCACCCCUCCUGUCGUUGUGAGCCGAAAUUCCAAGGAAAACUAACGAGAAAGUGGAAUUUGCUCACUCUUGUUGUAGUGUUGCAGCAUGUUCAAGAACAUUAUUUUAUAGGGGAAAGAGAGAACUUUCAUGCUCUACCCAUCUGGGUUUACUCGGGUCAUCCACCCUGGAAAAAUACAAACUUCCUUGGACUGUUCUGAUGAGAAAUUCUUUUUUUUUUCUCUCUCUCUCUAUUUCUUGUUUUGGGAUCAGCCCUUUUUUCUAAUCAGUAACGUUGACAAACUAGCAGGAAUCUAGUGCCUUUUGCUUCCUGCUGUUGCAGUCAUGACUCGCGAAGAGAAAGAUGAAAGAGCAGACGAAUUUUUUUGGAGCACAAUUUCCCUGCAGUUUUUUGGCCCGGCUGAUGCUUGAGAUCUGCUCCUGAUGAGUCCUCCUGAAUCGGGUUUCAAUUGAAGCCUUGAAUCUGUAGCUCUCGGAGAAGCAGAACGUCCCUGCUCUUGACAAAUGGAUGAGAGGAAGACUCCAGAUUCUUGUUUGUCAUCCUUGUUCUUAUGCGAAGAAAAGGUCAAUGACUGGUAUCCGAUGUACUUUGGUGUGUCAUGCGCGUUCUUUGCCCUAAGACUCUUGCCCGGUCGAGAGACGGAUGACGACAAAUGGUCCAAGGCAUGGAACACAAUACUCCAAGGAAGCGCUCAGUUGUUGGGUUUGCUCGUGUGGAAAGCUCAGAAGGAGGGAACUGAUGAGGGAAAAGGUGCGCUCUUGGCCAAGCUGGAAAUGGCCGAGCGAGAGAGAGACGAGUUGAAGAGAAUUAGACACGAAGAUGCAAAAGCCAACGAGAAAGUAGUCAGUAUUUUUGCGGCGCAAGAGCAGAGAUGGUUUAAUGAAAAGAAGAAGCUGCAGCAACAGAUCAGAGCAGUCGUGAAUGGUGCGAGGGUCCUUGGGAAAAAGAAGGAUGAAGAGAUUUCUGGGUUGAAUGAAAGAUUAAAGGAGAUGGAGCUUGUGGUCCAAUCAAAGGAUAAAGAAUUGCAAGAAGAGGGACUAAAGAGAAAGGAAUUGGAAGAAAAGCUCAAGAAGACCGAGAAUACUGCGGAAGAAUUGAGGGAGAACGCAAAGCGAGAGGCUAAAGAGCAUGCCUCUGAAAUUUGGAAGCACAAAACCGCAUUCAUCGAGCUCGUGUCGAACCAACGGCAGAUUGAGGCUGAGAUGGGUAGGGCCCACAGGCAAGUCGAGACCACAAAGCAAGAGCUCGAGUUGGUUUUAGAACAGAAGGAGGAGUCUGACUUGAUGAUCGAAAAAUUGUCUGUGGAGAUUGUGAAGAUGCAAAAGGACCUGGAACAGAAAGGCGAUAUUCUGUCUGCAAUGCUGAGGAAGUCGAAGUUGGACGCGGCAGAGAGGGAGAUGCUUUUGAAGGAGAUUAAGUUGUCAAAAGCUAAGAGGAAACAGGCAGAACUAGAGACAGAAAGAUUGAGGUCCGCGUCCGAGUCCAAACAUGGGGGACACUCGUUGAGAAGUAUGUUGGCUAACCAAGUCAAUCUAAAACUUGAAGGUGAAUAUGGAACAAGAAAAAUGAACUCCUGUGCGACGGGGUCAUCUCUCACUCGAAAGGCCAGGUUGCAGGCAAAUAAUCUUCUUGAAUACGAGAAUCCCAAUUUCUCUGGGGAGAUAAAGGCAUGCUCUCCUGAGUAUGAUGGCUAUUCUCAAGGACAAACUGAGGCACUAGCUAUCACAGCUGAUGUUAAGCGAUUGGAACACUGGGUACAUUCGGAAGCAGAGAAAUAUGCGACUCUAGUUGAGGAAAGGCAUCACCUUGAGCUGAAUGCCUUUGUGGAACAGAUGAGGCUCAAAGAUGAAAAAUUGGAAGGCUUUCGUUGGCGGAUGCUGAGCAUGGAAAUUGAGUCCAAGCGUCUGCGGUCCCAUGUUGAGGGUUUGACUAGAGAUAUAUCUCAACUCAAAAACACUAAUACGAAGUUGGAAGCCCUGUUGCUUGCACGAGAGGACGAGCUCAGUGCUUUGAAAGAGCAGCUCGCUUCACAAUCAAAUCAUAUUAAUUUUCAGAGGCCUUUAAAUGAUCCAUCUAUCCAUGAUCGUGAACUAGUUGAAGAUACCAUUUGGUCUGAAGUUAACAUCGUUAAGAGAAGACCAGGGCAUAAGGAUAAAAAGGCAGAUAAAUUGGCAGCAAAAGCUUCCCAAGAGGAAGAUGUUGAAGUAAUAGUUGAAACUGCAUUAGUUUGUCAACCCACCGAAGUGACGAGGGUCCAAUCUCCUCAGAAAGUUUCUGAAGAACAGAAGGACAUUGGUGAUUGUGAUCCUAAAAGAGAAGAAAGUGGAACUUCCGCAGAUUUGGUCACUCUCCAAAAUUUACCAUCUUUGAGCCAGAUUUCAAGCAAGACAAAAAGUUCUUCCUGGAAAAUGGAUCUUCAUGCUCUUGGAGUUUCGUACAAGAUCAAGAGGCUGAAGCAGCAACUCCUAAUGCUUGAGAGGUUGAUGGGAAAGCAAGAAAGCAGUGAAAAUGUCAAAAGCAAAGAUCAUGGACCCAAUGCCAUCAAAGGUUUCCUGUCGCUUGUUUCUUUGUUGACCAAACAAGUUGGACGGUAUCAGUCACUCCAAGAAAAAGCCGAUGAUCUGUGCAAGCGAAUGCAUGAAAACAAUCUGGAUGCGAGUAGCGUGGAUUCCAAUGCUACGAAAUCAAGGGGAAGGAUAAAAACACUAGAGAAUUUUCUUGAGGAAACAUUUCAGCUUCAACGGUACAUGGUUGCAACAGGACAGAAAUUGAUGGAGAUACAAUCAAAGAUCACCAUCGGAUUUGUUGGAGCAGCUGAAGAGCUCGCAAAAUCUGCCAGCUUCGACAUAAAGCGGUUCGCCGAUGGUGUGAGGACUCUGUUUCAAGAAAUCCAAAGAGGCCUGGAAGUCCGAAUAGCUCGCAUCAUCGGGGACCUUGAAGGAACCUUAGCUUGCGAUGGGAUAAUACAUCUGAGGAGAUAACCCGAUGAGACGAAACAGAGAUGAGCAUUAGGUGAACUGUGAUAGAGGGAUCAAUUAUUUCUUUCUCAUAUUUCCCCUUUCUUUAGCCUCUUUACCUUCUGUAAUAUAUGUAUGUAGUUACUCUCGAGAUUGUAUAGGAUCAUGCAUAGUUCCAACCACAAUAGAAAUUCAUCUGACUGGACAAAUCUCAACCUGAGGAGAUACGUCAGCUUAUAAAAGCAACCCUUUUCGAAACUUAUUUUGGGUAA